CCACCUUAGUCAGUUUGCCUUGCAAGGUCUAGUCUUUAGACAACUUUAGAAAGAACUUCCCCCGGAAUUCCUAACGCACAUCUUCAAACUAAGUGAAUCUAAGUUCUAGGAUAAAUCAGAUUAAACGUUGCAACAUCCGGUCAACAUGCAGCUGUUCAAGAGGAAAGCAUUCUACUUCGCAUUGCUUCUAGUCGUACUAAGCAUGUGCUUAGAAGAAACCGAAGCCAGACGUAAAAUCCUUCGAGGACGGCGUACCAUCACCCGCACUCACAAACGUGGAACCGCAAUCCCGGCAUGGGCCAUCGUUACCCUGGUUGGAAUUGCCAACAUUUUACUCGGAGGACUUGCCUAUCUUGCGUUCCGGAAACUUGUCCUGCAAACACCGAUCGAGAACGUCAAUUCCUACACGCCAGCGAUGAUGCAGGACGACUCGUAACUUUGUUCUGAGAUGCAAUCCACUGCAAAACAAUAGGUUAAGAUUCGUUUUAAGAAAUACAGAGCAUCUCAGUUGCGUCCGUGAAAGGUUCGAUAUCUUUUGAGAAACAACAUGUAGGCAUAUUGUCUGUAACUUUUCAGAAUCCAGUCAAUAAACCCUGAUAACACAAUUUCAUGAAAGUAGAA